UUGCGAGCUCCGCGUGUACCAGGGUCUCACGCGCUACUCGCUAUCGUUCUUCGAUUACGGUGCCAGUGAUUGCGACAGACGGCGGCGGCAUUAUGUAUAGGCUCUCUAGUUAUAGCCACUCGUUCGGCGGCCAUCACGAUCACGCAGCAUACGCUCCUGUUACAUGUGUUCCGAACGGCCUCCGUCAUGAUUUCUAUAACGUCGCAGCAACGUUCCAACAACGUCCCUGCAACGUUCCUACAACGUAAAAUGAACAAACCUAGUAAAAUACAAACCAUCACGCCGUGACUCACGCGUCGUUUUCAGCAAACUUCUAUCAUCCAAAUUACGCUCAUUACGACAACUGACAGUUCAACUAUAGAUAAAUUAAAAAAAAAGUGACGUUGCCGUUGUUUAUUUCGAAACGGACUACUACAUCAUCGCAUAGCGAUCGGUCAACAAACAAAAAUUUUGCAACUUCUUCGUCAGGUUAAUGAUCAAGUUCAAAUCGUUUAAGGACGAAAAACCGACGUUCGCGGUCAUGUUUGGAGACAGCUACGACUCACUGGGUACGAGAACGCUGCCAGGACGCGAUCGGUCUUCGCCAUCGUCGUCGAUUUGCUCCACGAGCCGCGCAGGACGACAAGAAAGCGCGUCCCGUCAAGUAUCGGGUCAUGAAUCGCUUCCGGUCUUGUUUUCCGACGUACCGUUGUUCGACGGCGACGACGACGAUGGUGGCGAACGGACGUUCCAAUGUACGUUGGCCAUUAUCAAACCGGAAGUCACCCGGCUGAUGUACAAGGUGGAAUGCGUAAUGGCACAAAAUGGAUUUAUCGUCAUAAUGAAGGAAGUGUUGCGCUUGUCCCGGGAUCAGGCGGCGGAGUUCUACGCAGAGCACGCGCUGGAGCCAUACUUUACCAGACUCGUCGAUCACAUGUCCGGGGACCCGGUAGUGGUGUACGUGUUGUCCAAAAGAAAUUGCGUCGAAGAAUGGCAGCGGUUGAUCGGGCCGGCGGACGUUCCUCGGGCCAAACGUUUGUUUCCGGUCAGUCUGCGAGCCAUAUACGGCACGGAAAAGGGACCAGAUCCGGUGGCCAACGCGUUCCACGGCAGCGAUUCUCCAGCUGCGGCCGAACGGGAAAUCAAAUACUUUUUUCCAAACAUCAAAUUGGAUGCGACCACGGACGUCGAGGACGACUUGGUGGAGUACAUAAAAGACGCCAUGAUGCCAACGAUUUCCAAAGGUCUAUCGGAAAUGUUCAACAUCCAACCCAACGACCCGCUAAGGUGGUUUGGAAAUUGGUUGUUAACCAGGGAUUAAUA